GUAACUACCCGUGUUAUGGGGAUAUUUGGUUACAUGGCUCCGGAGUAUGAAUCCAGUGGCAAAUUGACUGAGCGAUCGGAUGUAUUCUCUUUGGGUGUUGUUCUCUUAGAGCUUGUUACUGGCCAAAAACCUGUUGAUGCAUCGAGACCUUUUGGUGGCGAGAGCCUUGUUGAGUGGGCUAGGCCAUUGCUUUCUCGAGCUCUUGACUCCAGGCUUGAGAAGAAGUUCAGUGAGGUCGAGAUGUUCCGUAUGAUUGAGGCUGCUGCAGCCUGCAUUCGACACUCGGCAUCAAGGAGGCCCAGAAUGAGCCAGGUGGUGCGAGUUCUUGAUAGCCUAGCCGACAUUGAUCUAACAAAUGGUGUUCUGCCGGGGCAAAGCGAGCUUUUCAACGUUGCCAACACCGUGGAGAUAAGGAUGUUCCAGCGGAUGGUGGCCGGCGCGCAAGAUGACAGCUCCGACUACAGUUGGAGCAGUCGCAGUGGAGGAGGUACUGACGCAGCCCCAAGUUCCAGGAUCUUGUGAUCAUCGACUGCAGUCUUUGCUUUCUGACUGUCAUCGUUCUACAAUGGGAUUGAUUACUAACCGGUGAUUUGGUUGUGUCGAAUGAGUGUCUCUUUUGGUGGUGUCCUUGCCUUAUUCUUUAGGAAAGUGAUUUGGUUUCUUUCCCUGUAGCCUCUUGUUGGGGUGUAGAUUACAAAGAUGAGAUGGUAUCCCUGUAGCCUGUUGUUGGGUUGCCUUGUUCAUGACACCCAUCGGCUAUGAAUAUUGAACAGUACCUUUGUAUUAA